AUGACUGAACCAGGAGAUAUUGCGGUCCCAGAAAAGACAACUGUCCAGACUAGGGAGGAAUCAAACCCCCAAUCGCCCAUAGCAAAUGAGGACCAGCGGGAAAACUCUAUCUACGUCGAGGAAGCUGAUCGUUUGACCGUUAUCUCGGAGGAAAUCACGCAGCUGAAGGAAACAAUGAAACAGCAGGCGAAGCUGUUAGAACAACUGUUAAGGAAGCAAUCCAAGGAUUCUGACGCACCGAAGGAGUCUGCGGAACCGUCACAUCAGGCACUUGCUACAGGUCAGUCAAAUUUUUUUUGUUCAACGCCUAAUAAAACUGUAGGUACACCGAUAUCACCAAUAACUAUGGUUUCUGAGCAGGGUACAGCUAAUCACACUGUAUCUUUUUCGGAAGCACAAUGCCAGAAAAUGAUGCUGGCCUUGUCAGAUAGGACUAUUUCAAUGCCGGUUUGGCAUGGUGAGAAACCUCGGUUUGCGGGACACCCCACAAGUAUUCCAACCAAGUUUUUAAAAAUUUUUGACAAUUAUUGUACAGCAAAUAACAUUGAAAAUAAAAAAUUAAUAAUAUUUAAAUCAUGCCUUGAAGGUUCUGCUGUCGAUUGGGCUACCAUGCAAGGUGAUUGUAAGGAUUUUGGUACGUUUAAAGAGGCAUUUUUAAAUUAUUAUUGGUCACCGGAAAAACAAUUGGUGUUUAAAAAACGAUUUUUGAAUGAAAAAUAUAUUGGAAAACAUUUAAGUUAUUCUCAAUUUUUUUUACGCAAAAUAAAUUUGUUAAAAUAUUUAACGCCGCCCAUGUCAGAAGCAGGUAUUUUGCAGGAAGUAAUGCAAUUAUUCCCCAUAAAUGUCCAGUCACUUUGGGGCGCCACGGCUGAUAGAACUAUUGCGGGAACUUUGCAAUUUAUCGACCGAAUGUCGGCACUAGAUCGCGGUCCUCGGGAUUUCAAUACUCAUAAAUUUGACCCCAAAACCCCACCACCAAGGUCGGGAAACUUCAACCGGGAAAAUUAG